UCGUGCCGCCUCGUAUUCGCUCCCUCGCGCAGUGUUGGAGAACGCGUUCGUCCGAGUCGUUCCGUUUUCGAGUGGCGACGUACGCUAGCCUAGCGUGUAUGUCUUCAUUAUUGAUGCAAAAGUUCCACGAUGGUAGAUAAUAACGAGAAAAUAUUAGAGGAAUUACAAAAGAAAAGUGGAAAUAAUGUGUGUGCCGACUGUGGAAGUGAAGACCCGGAUUGGGCGUCAUAUAAUCUCGGCAUAUUUAUAUGUAUGCGAUGCGCAAGUAUCCACAGAGGUAUGGGCGCUCACAUCAGUAAAGUAAAACACCUAAACCUAGACAGAUGGGAAGAUUCUCAAGUACAGAGGAUGAAGGAAGUUGGCAAUAUCGUGGCAAAGAAUAAAUACGAGGAAAGAGUACCUCCAUGCUACAGAAAGCCGAACAAGUAUGACCCGCAAGUACUAAUCGAGCAAUGGAUACGAGCUAAGUAUGAACGUGAAGAAUUCUGCCACCCUGAACGCCAGAGCUACCUCUCUGGUUCUAUGGAAGGUUUCCUCAUGAAACGUGGCAAAGAGGACAGCCGGUACCAGUUGAGGAAGUUCGUGCUUAAUGAAAACGAAGAUUCACUCAAGUACCAUCAUGCUUCCGACGGCUGCGGCCGUGCCGCGAGUUGUCUCGAUCGAUUAUUCGAUCGACUCCGGAUCAAAAACAUUGGUCGAUGGAGGUAUCACGUGAGGGAGAACAGAGAACCGAAGGGUGUGCUAAAAUUAUCAGAACUUAAUGUAUGCUUUGCUCCAGCGAAGAUUGGCCAUAUGAACUCCAUGCAGUUAACAUUCAUGAAAGAUGGCUCCACAAGACAUAUUUACGUAUAUCACGAGGAGCCAGAGGUUAUAAACAAUUGGUAUACAGCAAUACGAUGCGCGCAAUUGCAUCUUCUACAAGUGGCUUUCCCAUCUAUGCCGCAAUCGGAGCUGGUGCUCCGUCUUCCGAAAGACUUUGCCCGUGAGGGUUGGCUUUGGAAGACUGGUCCCCGACCUUCGGACGCGCACCGUCGCCGCUGGUUCACGCUGGACAACAGGAAGCUGAUGUAUCACGAUGAGCCCCUCGAUGCGUACCCUAAAGGAGAAAUAUUUGUAGGACACGAAUCGAACGGCUAUCACAUUAGAGUAUCGAAUACGGGAAAUGGCUGCAAGGAGGCCCGUUUUCCAUUCCAAUUAGUGACACCAGAUCGAAUAUUCUGCCUCGCAGCCACCACGCACGAUGACCGCUCCGGUUGGCUGGCAGUCUUACAACAAACCAUCAAACGACCACUCACGCCUCAAGACUCUACAAUUGAGGCGACCCUCGUUCGCAAGCGGACGACUUCAAACUCAAUAAACAUAUUCUCGGGGAGGUAGUCACACUUUCUCUUGGAGCGUAGUUAUAAGGUAAUAUUAAACAAAUGUAUCCAUGGUGAAUUAUUGUUGAUAACGUAUUUUAACGUCGGACUGUAACGUUAUUUUAUUCCUAUAGACUGCGAAGUAAUUUUAUUUAUUACGCGAUGAUUUAACUAAUUUUACCAUUAUCCUAAAGUUGCAACGAUUUUAAGAAAAUUUAUGUAAAUAAAUGUUUUAAUUAUUUUGAUCCAAUAUUUGAUAAUUUUGUUCGUUUGUUUUUAUUAAAUUUUAUUAUCAUGAUACUUAUAAUUUUUUAUUGUCCUGAUAUAAUUUUAAUGUUGAUUUACUUAUUUUAUUUUAACGGCGAAAGAACUGAAUCUGUCAUUUUAAUAUGAAUAAUUUUGUACUUUACGGCGUGACUCAUGCGCACAAAUAUCAUGUAUUAAGACGUAAAAUCCACUAUCUAAUUACCGUUAAGUAAUUACAUAAAUAUGUAUAGGUAUUUAUUAAAUUUCAUAAAAUCAUUUCAUUAACACAACAUUAAUGCUCUCUUAAUCAUGGUAAAAGACAUUCUACAGGGAAUUUGUAUAUGGUAACUUAAUUGUAAUGUUGGCAAUACCAUAAAAAACAAGAUUUCUUAGAUGUAUGACAUAGUAUUUUAGUCGUUUAAGCAAUAUUAUAGAAGUAAGUUAAUUCCCAUUAUAACGCUAUAAUAUUAAUGGACACCUGAACAUAAAUAUUGGUAUGUAAUUCGCCACAAGAAGUAUAGUUUACAUUGUUUCAAAGUUAUCAGAGAUAGUUUCGUAUAUUGUGAAACAAUAUAGUAUGAGCGAUGGAAGUAUGUAUGGUAUCAACAGAAUGGAAUGCAUUUUGUUCCCUACACAAAGUAUAUUUCUGUUAGCGAUGUGUUAGUCAAAAAGUGUAAGUGGGCAUUGUUCUUUUUUUUUCUCUAUUCCUUAUUUUCCAAAUUGUCAGUUAACCUAACAUAACCUAAUUAAAAAAACAAAAAAUAAUCUAAUUUUGAAUUUAUUCCAAUUAAAUACAAUUAUAGUACAUUACUGCAGCGGCCAGCAACUGAGGCAUUGAUGGACGAACGUGCAAAUGUGGGCCGAGGCGUAUCCAAGGCACACAUACGUGAGCCUGGCUUGUAUAGUACUUUUCUCAAACAAUGCGCGAAAAUCAAAAACAAUUUUACUUUUUAAGUUCAAUGACGAAUAACGAACAAUAAUAAUUUUUCACUCGUCAUAAUGUUCCUUUGUUUUUUUUUUCAAUAAACAGUUUUCUAUUUGCAAGCUAGUUCCAAAUUUAAAUAAAACCUUUUACUAGUUACCUCUUUGGUAGCCAUGUUUCGAAGUAAAAGGUUACUCCAUUUUUAAAUUACAGGACAGAUAUGAGUUUGCAAAGUAAUUUAUCUGGCUGCAAAACACGACAUAUGUAGAUAGAUUAGUGCAAUUAUACGUAGUAAAGUUUGGAUAAUGUUAAUUUUAAUACCGAAAGCUUAUUUCAAUCCUAGGUAUCAAUCCAUUACACUUGGAUUUGUCUAGCAACAUCGCUGAUAGAAAAAAGGUACUUCGUGUAGUGUGCAGAACUAUUAGUAGAUAGAUGUGCCAAUAAUUGGUCAUCUCAUUUAUGCGUGAAGUGAUGUUUAUUAGCUAUAUUGUUAUAUUAUAAUUAAGUGAUAAUACGACACAAAUAGAUUUUAAUAUGCCAUAAAACUGAUUAGUGACAAUUUUUAAUUUUUAAUUUUUAAGCUAAAUAAGGCUUAAUUUUCGUAUCUAGUAAUAAUUACCAUGAUACCAUUUAUAUUUUACAAACUUGUGUCCGCUUUGCCUGCGUGAAUUAAAUAGAAUAUGAAUGCGAUACGCUAAUUUACGAUGUGAUCCAUCUGUGUACCAGGUUUCAUCAAAUCCGUUUAAGUCGUAAGCGACUUUCUAAUUUACAAUAGGUAUUAUUAAUAUGACAUUUUAAUAAGCCGUAUUUUGCCACCGAUGGCUAAAGGGUCAAUGAAAUCAUGUAGAAUUAUUAUUAUUAUUUUCUUCUAGAUAUAUUACCGUGUAUGUUUUGUAUACAUAAUUAUUUAUGUUUAUAUUUUAAAGUGAUGUAAUUCUUUGCUGAUUUUUAAUAGGAAUUCUAAAGUGCUGGUCACUAGAGUCGAAAGUUGGUUAUAUAAUCAUCUUUUUUUUGUGUAUUUAUAUUUAUCAAUAAGAAGUCUCCAUAAUCACAGUUUUGCAUUCUCAUAAUUUAAGCAUAUUUUAUUUUUAUUACAUGACUAUUCCACUAUACAUGUAGGUACUUACAAUGGCCAUUAUCAGGAAUGAAAAAGAAAUAAUAUAUAUUUAUAUUUGCUACUCUAUGGCUGUUAUUGUGUUAUUAGCGGUUAAUAUUGAAAUAUGCAAGGCCAUAGCCAGGAUUUUAUUCUGGAUUAUAUUAUCAGAAAAACUGAUAAUAUGCCUAAAAAAAUGUUGAAUGAAUAAUUAUGACUUUUAAUGUUGCUAAAAAAUGUUUUAACUUUUUAUUCGAGGGGCGCCAAUUCUUACCUAGGAGUGCAUGGAAGCAAGAGAGGGGCGUACCUGGCUAUGGCCUUGUGGAGAUAUAGGAUAAUUACGCAAUGCAAUAAAAUAGUGUGCACUGUUGCAGUGUAGUUUUAGCUAUAGUGUGAAUACUCUGGACUUCUGGCUUUAAUGUAUUAUGCAAUUAAUAUUGUAGAAAAUUAAUGUCACAUUUGUGUUAUUCAAUUAUAUUAAUUACAAUAAAUUAUAAUCAUCACAAUUUACCUAUUGGUCUCGGUAUUAAGUCAUAAUACUAUAUUUUUUUAUAUCUAGCAAACUUAUUUAUCAAACUGCGUUUAAGGAAUGAAUUUCUUUACAAUAUGGCCUUAGAUUAAGAAUUAGUGUUAAAAAUGUUUAAUGCCCCAGGCAAAUUAACAAUAUUUUUUAUAAAAACAACUAUGAAUUAUUUCGAUUAAACCAGCCACUUACAAAAUUAAGUGGCAAGUUAAAAACAUAAAAAUAAUAACGUGUUUUGGUGAAUUAUGAAUCAAUAAUAGUUUGUUUUUAUUUAAAGUUGAACCUUAUUCUAAAAAGUACUAAAUGCAUUUUCAUUUCUUGUUAGUUCAAAGAAAUUCCUUCAUAAAACGCACUAUAUUAGUUUAAGAUAUUGUCAGAAUUGCAUUUUCUUUCUUGGCAUUUUCAUAACAAGGCCAACUAUAACGAAAGAAAGUAUAAAUGUUUUAAUUUUAUUGUAUUAUUACUAAUAGGCAAUUAUUUUAUCGUUGCUUAAUUUUAUUAAAUAAAAUUUGGAAGAAAAUAUACUAGAUAAUUGUGUCUCACAUACUUUAGUAAAUAUUAUUUUUUUAUAACAAUGCAAUUAUGUAACGUAUUCCUGUAACAUUUCAGAAAAAGAAAACAAACUUUGUUAUAAAUGUUAUUAUGCUGACUGAUUGACAGAUGAGUGACGUCUUUUAUGAAUUAUUAUAAUUCUUUAGCUAUCCCUAAAAGGAAGAAAGUUAUUACAUAUGGACAUCAUUUAUACUCUGUGGCUCUGUGCAUUUUAACAUGGUGCGAAUGACAGCUGAUGUUUUGACAGCACAAUGAAAUAACUGUAGUUUAGGGUAAGGUUUUUGAGGUCGAAUUGGAUAAAUCAUAACUGAUACUAUCUCACAAUCUUUUGUUUGUGAAAAAUAUUUUGUUGAAUUUAAAACAUAUGACGAUUUAAAAAGUUAGGUUUUUUAAGUUUUAGUACCUAAUACUUUUUCUAUGGUUCUAUACUUUACACGAUAUUACUUCUUGUAGCGUUUAGUGAUGGAUGAGACAUACAUAUUUUGAAACCUUGAUAAUCUGAAAUGUAAAUGUUUUGCGUACCACGUGUUAUUUUUAGACUUGUAUGUUUCCAGACUAAAUCUAUUGUGAAUGAUAGAUCACGAACACUAUAGAAAAAACAAUAUUAGCUAAAAAAUAACAAAUUCAACAAAUCAUUUGUUUCAAAAACAAAACAAAACAAAAAUCUUAUUCUAUACAGUUCUUUUACAGCAAAAAGUAUUGACUCCGUACCAUACAACAAUGCACGGACUACAGAGACCUGUCAUCGCCUUAUUUUGAUUUUCAGACUAUUGUUAGGAUAACUAUGCAAUAACGAGGUACUUAUAGGCUUAAUAAUCCAUAUUGUUCUGACAUUUAAUGGUAGUAAGUAGUCAAUUUCAAUUAUUUUUAUAUAAAUCGAAGAUAAAUAAAAAAGUAUAACGAUAAUUUUCAACCUAAAAGGUAUAAGUAGGUGUCACAUCUAAAACUUAACCGCUUGUAAGUAUUUAAAACUGUGUUUUUUUUUACAGUCCAAAAUACUUGUGUCACAUUAAGAGUUUUUAAAUAUUAAAACGCCGAUUGUUAAUUGAUCCUAAAUAAAUAACGUCUCGCAAAUUAAUAAAAAGAAACCCCAAAUUUGGUCAUCGUAGGUGUAUUGAAAAUAAAAAUCUCUAAAACUUUAAUUUCAAUGAUUCAACUUUAAACCUUUUUAUCAAAGAAUAAAGUACAAUUUUGACCGUGUCGAAUGAAGCAUACUAUGUCAAUUCAAAAUACGAACCUGCUCUGCAAAUGAGGCGAUAUUCAGUAUGUAUUAACGAUUAAAUAUUUUAACAUUAGAGAUCCAUCCAGAUUUCGUACGAGUGCAUAAUUUUAACAACAGCACCAUUUAUCGUGAUAAAAACCAUGUUUCAAGAUUUAGCGAACAAUACAUACCUAUAAAAUUUCAUUAAAAUAACGGUUUUAAAGAUUAGCGCGAACGGACAUCGUGACACGGGAUUAUAAUAUAUUAAGAUAGGUCAUACAUAUUCGCUUUUAUCUAAUAGAAAUCAAAAUAAUCAUUUUCAAACAUGUAGCUGUAUAUGUGUAAUGCCAUUUUUAUUAAAGGUACAUUACACGAUCUAGAAUAAAUUAUUUAUAAACUAUAUAUAAAGCUAAACCUCCUCCUGACUUUCAACUUACUUUCAACAUAUUUUCAACAUGAGUAAAAUGUUUUUUAUAUCUUGAAUUACUAAACUUCUAAACGAAUUUAGUAAUACUUAUAAUUCAUUUAGAUCACUUCCACCCUUUGUUUUUUUUUAACUCUGCCUAUAAUUCUGUGUAUUUGAUAGUGUAAUAUGACCCAAAUUACUCAUACGAAUACGACUAUGAAAUGUUAAUGCCACAAAUCUAAUCAUAAGCAGACGUUAACGUUAUUAGAGUUUCCUGAUUUCCAGUUCCAAUACUAUCCAAGAUUGUGUAGAAAUGACUAUCGUGGCUGUUAACAUUCGAAAGGCCAAUUAGAAAUGGAAAAUAUCCGAUUAGUAAAUGUAAUUCUUUAAAUUGUUAUGUUAAAACCUAUAUACGAGUACAAGCGUUCAGGAUUCGACCGAUGGCUUAUGUUUCCGUUGUAUAUAUAAUAUUCACUCUUCUACCACAGAAACGGCAUUUUUUACAAACAUUUUCGUUGGAAACAUAACAUUACUUGCGUACACUCUGAAUGCCUGUUAUAUGUAGUUCAAAAGAUAUAAUUGAAGAAUGACAUUUAAAAAAAUGAUGACAUAUUUUUAUAAUUGGCGUUCCAUAAAAUGGUCUGUAAAUUUAGUGGACUUGGAAAGUAGGAUUAGGGACUAGUCUAAAAAGACGCUCAGAGCUCUGCGCUGCGUUUUAGAUAUUUUAUGUAUACGGCAACGUUAGAUGUAGGCAAAUCGUUGCAUAUAUUUUCAUAUAACGUUUAAAACACAGCGUAUAGAAGACGUGAAGCGCGCCUGUAUAUUUAAAAUCCCUUUAAGCCUAGCGCUACAUUAGCGGAUUUUCUGUCACGGACCUUUUAAUGUUUCCAACAUUUUUUAUAUUGGCAGUCGAUGCGAACCGUCUGAAAAAAAAAUGAAACGUAUUGCGAGUUUAUAUAACCAAUCAUCAAUGCAAUUCUUCAAAGGAAAACAGAGCACGUUCAGAGCAGAUUCACGAGCGGAGAAUGGAAUAAUGGAAGUGGCCUUUUGCGAUCCAUGAACUAAUUCGUAAACUGAAAGUAUCUGAUAAUGUUUUCAAAAAUAUCUUGGCAUCCGGUUAUAGUGGCGUUAGAAUUAAAGAUUACAUACAAAAUCGUCCCCAUGUGUAGAACUAAGUAGGCGUAGAUACAUUGAAGCUAGGAAACUACCAAAAAUAUGGUAGAAUAGUAUUAUUUUAAUAUAAUGUAUACUACCUUUAUCUGACUGUAUCAUACAAGAUUUAAUCAAAAUAAAGAGAAAAGGGUUAAAAAUAGUGAUAAGAAACAUGAAUGCAAUUCAUUUAGCCUAAGACAUUGUUUAAAUGUGUGUGUAGCAUUAAUGCCUUGUUGGUAAAAUAAUUAUGUUGGUAUGCAAUCGUGGUAUUUGUGUCAAAAAAUGUUUAAUUAUGAUUUAAGCCAUUACCUAAUACAUAGACCUCUAAUAUGUAUUAACAUAUUUCUCACCAGGUUGCAUAAAGUUAGAACCGAUAUUAGUCAAUGUACCUAUGUGGCUUAAAAUCUCAAGUAGUGCGCGGUGUGACCGCUUUCAUCACUGUUUAUUAGGUAAAAAAGUUAGUGAAAUUAAAAGCAUUAAUACAUUUUAGCAAUUAUAAUAAGCCACAAAUAAGCAAUUAUAUGUUUCCUAGAUAAUGUACAAUUAAUGUUUUAUAUUGUCACCUUCAUGGAUGAAUCAGUGUUAUAUAUCACUGCAUGUACUGUACGCUGACAUUUAUAUUAAAAUAGCAAUAUUAGAUAUUUUGUACGGUCAUAGUAAGUUAUAUUUAUAAAUAACUGCACCUUUUGCUUUAGUUAUAAGUUUAAUGUUAAUUAUUUAUAAACAAUUUUUACCAAAACAUGCCUCGCUUAAGUUUUACUUUAUGAUUUGUUGUAAAUAAUUGAAAAAAAAAAUACUUUUUAGCGUGCUCUGGCAUAAUACAUAGCUAUAUUAUUCUUAUAAAACAAUAAAAUUUUCACCGGCUA